GCGCUGUAUCCAAUGCGAGGAUUAUCUGAUUUGAGGGAAGAAAUUAUCCCUUUACCAAGAUGGCCACCUGGACCUGGGUGCUUUGUCUUUCCUUUGCCAAGAUGGCGACAGGGGCAGGACUUCGUGCUUCACCAAGAUGGCCGCCCAAAGACAGGGGUCCUUUACCAAGGUGACUGCCACAGGCCGGAAGUUAUCCUUCACCAAGAUGGCCACCGCAGCAGGAAGUCACCCUCUACCAAGAUGGCCACCGGAACAGGAAGUCACUCUUUCGCAAGAUGGCGGCGCACAGGGCGGCCCAGAAGCUGUUUCGGGGCGCCGGCGGGUUGUCGCGGCUCCAGGAUUCUGUGGUCAGUGAACGAGUGUUGGAGCUCAAACAGUCGGUGGCUCUGCAAAAAGUUCACCCCAACGUCCUGGCCAAAGUCCUGAGGAAAAGCCUCCUUCACGAGGACAAGGACUUUGUGGUGAUCGAUAAACCGUAUGGAAUCCCUGUGCACGGAGGGCCUGGGGUGCGGCUGAGUCUGGCUGAUGUGCUCCCAGUCCUGGCGAAGAUGAUGGAGGGGAUGAAAGCUCAGCCAUUUCAUCUGUGUCACCGUCUGGACAAGGAGACGACGGGGGUGAUGGCUCUGGGCAGGAACCAAGAGGCCGCACAGGGUCUACAGCAACUGUUCCGGACUCGACAGGUCACCAAACGCUACUGGGUUGUGACGGUCGGUGUUCCAGUUCCUUCCGAAGGAAUCAUCGACAUUCCCAUCAUGGAAAAAGAAAUUCCAGGCGCUCAGCAUCUCUACAAGAUGGGCCUCUCACCUCUGUACCGUACGGGGGGAGGCGAGGAGGGGGGUGCGGUGAUACGGAUUCGGGGGAACAGAGAUGCCUUCAGCGCUGUCACCAAGUACAGGAUUCUGGAAAGUUCCGGCUCUUGCGCUUUGGUUGAGAUGCAGCCAAUUACAGGAGUUAAACACCAGCUGAGAGUUCAUGCUGCUCUGGCUCUAAACUGCCCAAUCCUCGGGGAUCACAAGUACUCAACCUGGGCUCAGCUGGUCCCACAGCGUUUACCAGACUCCAUCCUGAGGAGGUUACAAUUGACCCGCAGUAAAACACGCCACAUCCCAUUACACUUACACGCGUGUGAACUCAGUGUGUCGCCGUGUCCCAGCAUGACCAAGGGGCUCAGUGUUCGCUGUCGGCCCCCCAAAUUCUUCCGCUCAUCCCUCCGCCGUCUCAACAUCAGCCCCCCCAAGACCCUCGUUCCCGUCGACACAGAGAGGGGGGAUUCCUGAGUGUGUGUCUCCCUGUGAAAUAAUAAUAAAUAAAUUAAUAAUCCUC